GACGCUCGACUCAAUGUCUGGUAUUUAUUCUUUACGCUAUCGAAAGCACUGGAACUGUUGGACACAAUGUUCAUAGUAUUGAGAAAACAGAGACUAAUAACACUUCAUUGGGUGCAUCACGUGUUGACACUGACCUACUCGUGGUACGUGUUUGGCGACGUACCGGCCACUGCCCGCUGGAUGGUUAACAUGAAUUUCCUCAUCCACUCAAUGAUGUACACCUAUUAUGCACUGAAAGCCAUGCGAUUCGUGAUCCCAAGAGUGGUCAACAUCACCAUAACAUCCCUACAAAUCGCACAAAUGUUUGCCGGACUCUUCAUCAACUACUUGGCCCUUCACUACAAACUGUCGGGCAUUCCGUGCGAUUUGUCCAAACGAGUGGCGAUCUUUGGAUUUUCUCUUUACUUCCUAUUCUUCAUAUUAUUUAUGAAUUUCUUCAUCAGAUCCUAUGUCCUGAAAUCGACGCCACAGAUGAUAAAACUGCACCAAAAGGAGUACAAAUCCAUUUGCAAACCCGAUAUCAACCAAAAUACGAGAUUUAAAAACGAUUAUACGAAAGGGUUUAGCAAUGAUAUUGCUAAGAAAACAAUGUAG